GCAGCCCGGGAACCAGGCGGGGAGGGGGUGGCUAGGGGCCCAAGGAGAGGAAUGCGGCCUAGACGGUACUGCAGCCCAACCGUCGCCAUCGCCAUCCCGGGCCCCAAAUCCUCCCCUUAGGCUGUGCUUUCUCUCUCAGGAGCUCCCCAUGGCUACUGCGCUACCCCUGGGCACCGAGAUACAUUAAGCCUACUAACUACCACUUAUUGAGCGUUUUACCAUGUGCCAGGUGCUGUACAUGCAUUAUCUCGUUGAAUUCUCAUAACUGUGGCUUGUAUUAUUGUUCCCAUUUUUCAGCCUUACCAUGAUUUGCAGAUGUCUGAGUUCCAUGUAAACAGAAGUUAACUGUCUGCGGGCUGUCAUCUUCUUUUGAGGUCAUAUUUGAUCAGAAAUUGGAUGAACCUUCGGGAUGCUGAGACAGGGAAGAUACUCUGGCAAGGAACAGAAGACCUGUCUGUCCCUGGUGUGGAGCAUGAAGCCCGUGUUCCCAAGAAAAUCCUCAAGUGCAAGGCAGUAUCUCGAGAACUUAAUUUUUCUUCGACAGAACAAAUGGAAAAAUUCCGCCUGGAACAAAAAGUUUACUUCAAAGGGCAAUGCCUAGAAGAAUGGUUCUUCGAGUUUGGCUUUGUGAUCCCUAACUCCACAAAUACCUGGCAGUCCUUGAUAGAGGCAGCACCCGAGUCCCAGAUGAUGCCAGCAAGCGUCUUAACUGGGAACGUUAUCAUAGAAACAAAGUUUUUUGACGACGAUCUUCUUGUAAGCACAUCCAGAGUGAGACUUUUCUAUGUUUGAAAGAAGAAUGUGUGUACAUUUCAAGAAUUUGGGUUUUUUGGAGGGAGGAGGAAACUGUUUACUUUUUUCCUCCACACGUUUGAUUUUUGACACAUACACCCCUAAUUCCCUCAACAGCAGAACCUACCUGCAGCCACCAGGGGACCAGCUCUGUGUAGGUAACCAGAUGGCUCUUUUUCCCAAGCCGCCAUCUUCCAGCUGACCAGACUAAACUCCCAACCCCAGACCAGGGCAGGGGGCAGGUCUCAAGUCCUUCCCAGCAUACACACAGGGAACAAACACAUACCACAAACCGGUAACUGUACCUGUCACUCUCCUUGUCUCCUCCUUGGGCCCUACAGGCUACACAUCUACCUUUGGCCCCUGGUUUUGGAAAAAUUCCGUGUUCCUGACCCAUGUUUAGUUUUUUCCUACCAUUUCUAUUUCAUACAUUCUCAUACAUUUAACUUGUAAAAUAGACUGUGAUAUUAUUACAUAAUGUAAUUAAAAAUAUGAAUUAAAAUAUUCCUACAGUCUUUA